AAUUAAAGCUUUGAAAGCUAUAUAUAUAUUUGUUUUGUAUUGUGUUUAAUAAUUGCAGUGUUUAUCUAGUUAAUUUACUUUGUGAAUACUUACAACCGAAUUUGACAAGCAAUGCCUCCAAAAAGAAUCACAUCUCUGCGGCACACAUGUAUGUAUGUGGAUGUGUACAGGUGUAUGUAAAACCACUGUUGGAGCGAAAUCUCCAAGUGUUCUUUGUACAAAAUGCCAUACAUGGACCCACUCCAAGUGUACACGGCUUUCCAGAUCGGAAUUUGUUAAACUAGCUACUAAGAUAAAACAACAGGGAUUCAACUGGAAAUGCGACGCAUGUAUAUUGGAGGAUAGCGUCAUCACUGAGUGCGACAGUAACAUUGAUGAUGGUGACGACGAGGACGAAAACAUCACCAUGCAGAAACUUAAACUUCUGCUUAAUGACCAGCUCUCGAAACUCACCAUAACCUUUGAAAAGAAAUUUGACAAUUUCAAGUCGAUAGUGGAGAAAAGUAUCGCUGACGUCAGGAAGGACGUUGCAAAUUUAUCAAAGCAAUGCAAACACACAAGCGAAAAAUGUGUUGGCUAUGAAAACAGACUAACUUCGGUGGAAAAUAAACUCAAAUCUUUUUCUAGAGCUCCUGCUCCAGCAGAUGUUAUUGCCGAAUUUACUGAGCGCAAAAGACGUGAGUCUAACGUUGUUAUAUUAUAUUAAACAUUAACGAAUCUAAAAAAGCUGAUAGCAAGGAACGUUCCGAGGAUAACGGGACCAGCAUCGGCACUGUACUACAUCCUGACCUAGCUGCUAACAUAGUCAACUUUAGACUCCGCCGUCUAGGUCGACCAGCUGCCGGCCGUAACCGUCCACUCUUGGUAGAAACUCCUUCUCCAACUAUUGCUCGCGCUAUACUAAAAUCCAAGCCACAGGUAAGUCAAAUCACACUCCCGCACAGCAAUUACAUAUUAAAAACUUUCGAGACCAGCUUGAUGCUUUGAUAAAAAAUAGCGAUUCUUCAAAAACUAUAAAGUACGUUAAUGGAGUUCCGAAACUAGUCAAUAAGAAUUUUCGCCCGGUCAACGAUAAAGGCAACUCAGGCAAUAAUGCAUCUUCACUAUCAGAACGUGAGAGGGCUCAACACCAAACUUGGAAACUUUCAAACAGCGGCAGCAAUUAGUAGUACUUUUCUGCAUCAGUGAAUCAUGGCUCAAUGCGACGGGGAAGUUAUAGACGAUUCUCUUAAUAUCUUUAGAAAGGACAGAAGCAGCUCAACUAGUGACAAUGAACGGGGGGAGGUGUUUUUAUCGCUACGAAAAACUAUAUACACGCUGAGAGUGUCUCCAUCCUUGAUAACAACUUUGAACAAAUCUAUAUAAAAAUAAAAUGUAGCAACUCCAGCAACUCAAUAUUUUUCUUUUCCCCUUUAUUUACAUUUUAUAUAAUUAUUACUAUUGUAUAAUGCCGUAUUGGCGUACGUGUAUUAAAUAAAUAAAUAAAAGGUUUACAUCCAAAAUGUUAAAUACAAUUGUAUACCAUUUAUUUAUCUAUUAAAAAAUAAAAAUCUUUAUAAAAAAUAGUUUAAAAUGGUACUCAUCUUCAACCACCCGUUUAAAAAGAUUUUUAAUUGGUGUUUCUUUAUAGUACUUUCGCAUUUUAUGCACGGUUUCGACUCCCUUUACUUCCCUGCAAUCCACUCCAGUUAAAUCACUGGUUAAUUGCCCAACAGCGCUACCAGAGAUUAUUAAGUUUCUAUAUAGACAAUUCUAUUCGAAACUCUUGUUUAUGUCUGAUCUUUCAUCUCUUUUUUACGCAUAGGCAUUAGGAGUUGCACGGAAUUUUUGUUAGUUUCCGCGGCCGUAUUGGAGUUUCCGUAGCCGUGUCUUGCUGGGUUGUCUAUAACUUAGAGUGGUAUUGAACGUAAUUUUGAAAUACCACGUUCAGCUCUAAUUCGUAGACUUAUCCAUAAUCACCAUACUAAAGUAACGUUUAUUACUUGUAUAUUAAUAAUUUUAUAGCAGUCGAGGUGAGCUCUCUGUGUUUGAGUGAUAUUGUGUAUUCUACCUAUUUCUCAAACACGAGUUAUACCAUUACACAAGAUGCAAAUAACGCUGCGCUGGUAGUCACUCAACGAUACGGUAACGCUAAACACAAUUCAAGCACAGUAAAAUUUGAAAAUAAUUUUUUUUCGAUAUUCUUCCACCAAAUGUGUAAAUAUAGCAAUUGUGUGUAUUAUUACAUGAAACAAAAAACUAAAUAUGAAACGACAAACAAAAAAUCGGGCUACAUGAAUUAUGAAUGUGCAUCAGUUUUGAGUAUUUUUACUGCCGUUGAGUGAAAUGUUAAUUGGCCGUCGUUACUUUAUGUAUCGCCAGCUCCGCAAUCUUGUCGUUUAUAAAUAUGGCAGCUUCAUUUACCAAUCGUCAACAUUACAUUCGUGACAUUGCAGUCGACAGUGAAGUCGGAGAAUUCAGUUACAUACUCUGCUCUGGUCAAGUUUUGUUUUCGUACGCUAUUCUCCAAUUAGCUAAAGUUUAUAUUAUUAUAAGAAAUAUCAAGUGUGUUUUCAUCUGCUGUACAGCCAUCAACAUACCAAACGCAGAUUUACAAUAACAAAUUAAAAUCUUUUAUCAACUUCCGCUUUACCCACACCACACCGCAGUUAACUGAAGUGGUUUUGAUAAAUCGUUGUAAUUGUAUUGUGAAAAUGUCACAACCUGUUGCAUUCCUUACACGCAAAGAAACAUUCAGCGCUUGCCAUCGCUUGCACAGCCCUCAUCUAAGUGACGCAGAAAAUGCUGAAGUCUUUGGGAAGUGUAAUCACAUAAACGGACAUGGACACAAUUACACCGUUGAGGUAACAGUGCGUGGACCCAUUGAUAUGCGCACAGGUAUGGUAAUGAAUAUUACGGAAUUGAAGACUGCGUUAGACAAAGUUGUGUUCAAGGAUUUGGAUCACAAAAAUUUGGACUUAGAUGUAGAUUUCUUCAAAAAAGCUCCCAGUACUACGGAGAAUGUCUGUGUUUACAUUUGGGAUAAUGUACGACAACAUUUGAAACGUCCAGAACUGCUGUACGAAGUAAAGAUCUAUGAAACUGAUAAAAAUUCCGUUAGUUAUCGUGGGCCAUACAAUCAUAAUGGCUAUUAUCAAAGCAUGCAAAUGAAACGCUCAGCUAAAACUUCUUGCACUAACAUCUCUUCUGAUUCCGACUAAUACUGCCAGGAGACCGCAAGUCUCGAAUUGAAUUGUGAAUAUGAAUUUAAUUAAUGUUAGUUAAGGGAAAAUACAACACUAAAAUAUAAACAAAAAAUAA